UCUUUCUCUCUCCUUUGCAUGCGUCGCCACCCAUCCUGCCAUUGGCAAUUGCACCGAUCGAGCUUGGCUGCUUCUACUACGGCGGCAAGAAAUGGACAGGAUCCCGCCGCAGAAGUCGAGCAGCUUCUCGCCGGGGACGUUCCGGGAGGAGAGGCUCGGCCGCAACCUCUCUCUCGGCGCCAUCAAGAUCAGCGAGCACGGCCCCACUGAGCGCAUCAAGGAGGAGGGCGAGGAUGGCCAAGGAGAUGGAGGACACGGUGGCGGCGUCGACCAUGCCGCCGGCGAGGGGGAGGCGGCGGGGGACGGUGCUGAUGAGGCGGCUGGGGAGGAGGCGCCUGAGGAGGUCGCCGAGCCCGACCUCGCCGCGCUUUCGGCGGAGGUCGACGCGUUCCUCGCCGCCGGAAGGGAUGGAGAAGCGCCGCCGAGCAUCUCGGAGGUCACGCUUGAUAAGUUCGCGUCGGCCGUCGAGCAGGAGAUGGCGCAGUCGGAAGGAGACGACGAGAAGUGGGCGCCUGGCGAGGAUGGCGAGGCGCCGCCGCUUCUCGCCGCGAUCAAGCGCAUCUCCGCGCUGGCGGCGGCGCUCACGGCGGCCACCGCCGAGGGGAGCAAGUACACCAUCGGGGUGCACCGCGUCACCGGCGUGCUCCACCGCGCCAUGACGUUCGUCGAGGACGAGUUCCACGGGAUGCUCGACGACCCCCGCGCCACCAAGGCGGCGCAGGCCGGAGACACGGGCAGCGCCACUGGCAAGUCCAUAAGGCGGCCACCGUCGUUCGGCCACGCGGGGGUCGAUCCCGACCGGUCGUCCGACGUCGGAGGCGGCGGCGGAGGCGGUGGCGCCGGCGGUGCUGGUGGGGACAACUCCCCGCCGUUCCCUCCCGAGACCGUGGACCGGCUGCGGUCCAUGGCGGACGCCAUGAUGGCCGCCGGGUACGUGACGGAGUGCACCCAGGUGUUCCUGGUGGCUCGCCGGAACGCGCUGGACGCGUCGCUGCAGAGCCUCGGGUACGAGAAGGCGAGCAUCGACGACGUGGUGAAGAUGGCGUGGGAGUCGCUGGAGUCGGAGGUGGCGACGUGGAUCAGGGCGUUCCGCCACACCAUCAACGUGGGCCUCUCCGGCGAGCACGACCUCUGCGCCCGAGUCUUCGCCGGCUGCGACGACCCCGCCAUCGGCCGCGCCAUCUUCGUCGACCUCGCCCGCUGCGUCAUGCUCCAGAUGCUCAACUUCACGGAGGCCGUCGCCAUGACGAAGCGCGCCGCCGAGAAGCUCUUCAAGGUGCUCGACAUGUACGAGGCCGUCCGCGACGCCGGCCCCGUCAUCGACGCCUUCAUCACCGCCUGCGCCACGGCCACCGACGACGACGCCGAGACCGACGCCCUGGCCGACAUAAAAUCCGAGCUCGCCUCCGUCCGGUCCCGCCUCGGCGAGUCCGCCGCCGCCAUCUUCUGCGACCUGGAGAGCUCCAUCCGCGCCGACGCCGGCAAGCAGCCCGUCCCCGGCGGCGCGGUCCACCCGCUCACCCGCUACCUGAUGAACUACCUCAAGUACGCGUGCGAGUACAAGAGCACGCUGGAGCAGGUGUUCCGGGAGCACCACCGCGCGGACGCCGACGACGACGACGAGGCCAGCAACCCGUUCGCGGCGCAGCUGAUGGAGGUGAUGGAGCUCCUCCACGGCAACCUGGAGGCCAAGUCCCGGCUGUACAAGGACCCGUCCCUCUGCAGCAUCUUCCUCAUGAACAACGGCAGGUACAUGCUGCAGAAGAUCCGGGGGUCGCCGGAGAUCAACGAGGUGGUCGGCGAGGCGUGGUCCCGGAAGAGAUCGACGGACCUGAGGCAGUACCACAAGAACUACCAGCGGGAGACGUGGAGCCGCGUGCUCAACCUGCUCCGGGACGACGGCGUGAUCACCGUGAAGGGGUCGGUGCAGAAGCCGGUGCUCAAGGAGCGGUUCAAGCAGUUCAACGCCGCCAUGGACGAGAUCCAGAGGACGCAGGGCGCCUGGGUGGUCAGCGACGAGCAGCUGCAGUCGGAGCUGAGGGUCUCCAUCGCCGCCGUCGUCGUGCCCGCCUACCGCUCCUUCCUCGGCCGCUUCUCCCAGCACUUCAGCGCCGGGAGGCAGACGGAGAAGUACAUCAAGCUCAGCGCCGAGGACCUCGAGGCCAUCAUCGACGAGCUCUUCGACGGCAACGCCAUCUCCAUGCCAAGAAGGAGAAAUUAAUUCAUCCACCCAUCCAUCCACUAAAUUAAAUUACACUAGCACUAAGUAAGUAAUUAAUUUAUUAACCCACGCUACAUAUACUCCAGUGGGGAAGAAAAAUUUCAAUCUUGCAGUCCAGUUGCUUUUGAUCGAUAUCUACUUGUAAUUCUUCUUCUUUUUGGCUCUUCUUUGUGAUCACGAACUGGUUCAAGUUAAGACAGUUGCUACUGAUUAAUUUGGUCGAA